AUGUGUAGCCUUGGAACAGAGAUCAUUAUGGUAAUAGCCCCCACAUCAGAAUCAAUCAGCCCUGGGUCUCUACCUAACGAUGCCCAGGAGACCACUAUCCAGAACAAAACAGGAAAGAGGAGGAAGAGCAUGCUGAAACAAUCAUGGAUGGAGACCACCGUAGCUUUCAUGAGGAGGACCAGGGUCCACGGUCUGAUGUUCGUCUUCUCCCCGGAAAAGACCCUGCCCCAGCGGAUCCUCUGGCUCCUGGCCUUUUUUGUGUGUGUGAGUCUCUUGUUCACCUGGUCUUGGAACCGCAUCCUCUACCUGAUGUCCUACCCAGCCGUCACCAAGAUUAAGAUGGAGUGGGCUCACAACAUGUCCUUCCCGGCCGUGACCUUCUGCAACCACAACCUGUUCCGGGUGUCCAGUCUGACCAAGGUUGACCUGUACCACAGCGGCUACUGGAUGGACCUGAUGCACCAGAACCACACGGUCAUGGAGAGGAGCCUGGCCCUUCUGAGGGACAACCACAAGUACAACCUUCUCAGCCUGCUGGACUUCAACGGCUACACUCCGCCUCCUCGUUACCAUGUCAACACCACCGAGAUGAUUGGCAGGCUGGGCCACCAACUGGAGGACAUGUUGCUGGAAUGCAGGUUCCGGGGGAGAAAAUGUACUCACCAGAACUUCAGCACCGUAUGUAAAGUAAUAUAGCCUAGAGAUAUCACGAAAGAUGUCUGUGAGGGGUUGUUGAUAUGCAUUUUGUGUACAAGGUAUUAAUAAUUCAUUCAAUGGUGUGUUUGAAUGAUAUUCACACCAGCAGGUAUUCUCUAGGCAAGGUUGAAGGCAUUGAAGUUUUAAGGCUAGCUACCGGUAUCAUGUCAGAUGAAUUUGUCUUGUCCUUUUCUUUUGUUUUGCUUAUACAACAUAAUAGUUGUUCAGUGAAUUGUAAGAAUACAAAGAAUACAGAUACACACAGUUUAUAGGAUGGUACUGAUCGGGUAGAAAUACUGUUCCUUUUUUUUUUGCUAACAUAGAUCACAGUUACAUAUUGUUUGCAUGUUGGAUGAUUUUCAAAGCACAGUGGUACAGUAUAACAUUCACAUUACCUCUCAAAACAUGAAUUUUAGUAACUACUAUUCAAACCACUCCAUCUUUGUCUUUGUGUCCCUUUCUUUUAACAGCAGCAACAACUAGAGGGAAGAAUAAUGAAGGCAUCAAUAAUUCAAACAUUAUAAAUGAGUACUAAUGAAAGUUUCAGCAUCUCAAAUUAAACAUCUGGACGUUCUAUUGACACUGUGCAUCCAUUUCAUGAGCUUAUUUCCCAGAGAGGUGGAUGGCUUAUCAGUCAAAAUAAGCCCCUGACUGCACUAGUCUGUAACAGUUGGUUACUCUCAAUCAUUCUACCUCAAAGCUAUUAGCCGUCUUAAAACAGAUUGAUGCAAAAUUAUACAUGAAAAGAAAAUGUCAUUGUUAGUCACAUUCAAAAGCAAACUAGACUUAAACACUUUAUCAACAGUAUAGGAUUUGAAAAAAUAUGAAUAGACAACUUGGGAUCUGUGUUUAAAGAGAUAGUUCACCCAAAUUACAAAAUGACAAAUUGGUUUCCUACCUGUAAGCAGUCUAGGACAAGGUAUGACAGCAAUCCAUGCGUGGUUUAGUUUCCCUGGCACUGUUUCCACAUGCUAACGUUUUAGAAUUUGUGGCACAAAUCCCAUUCAAGGUAAUGGGAUUUGUGCCACAAAUGCAAAACGUUGCAUGCCUAAAACCCAGUGCCAGGGAACCUAAACCAAAAGCAUGGGAUUGCGUCAUACCUUGUCUAUAGACGGCUUACAGAGUAAGGAAACCAAUAUUUAAUUUUAUAAUUUGGGUGAACUAUCCCUUUAAGUAGCUGACAGACACAGAGAUUUUGAUUGUGUGUCAUUUCAAGUUUUAUUGGAUUAUAUCAAAUUCCAUCUAAAAGAAGACUUUUGUCUUUAGGUGCCAUCUUUUGACAGCUUUGACAAAGAUUUUCCACAAAGAUUAGGUACUUCAAUGUGAGGCAUGCAAGGCUUCAUUAUAGGAAUUAUGUUAUAUUGAAGCUAUGGAUUUUCUAAGGUUAAACCUAAAAGCUUUAGAAUUCCAGCUGCCAUUUUGGUUCUGGCAGGGGCCGGUUGCUCAGAGGGCCUCAUUAUGGACAGGAGGAGAGAGGAAACUGAAGCCCUGUCAUGUCUGUCUGAGCCCAUGUGGGUCUGAGAUGGGACAUGGAAGACUGACUCUGAUCUCUGGAGAGAGGCUUUAAUAUGCUGUCAGAGGCAUCCCUCUCUCUAAAACUUUCACCACAAUGGAUAUUGAAAGGAAAAUCUGUAGCCCACGGCAUAGGAUUCCUCCCUAUGGGUUACCUGUUUCUCUUCAAACGUAUAGCUGUGGGACCAGAGCAUUGAGCCAGGAACAGCAAUGUUGAUUAUUCCAGCAAAGGGCUUGUCUGGACCAUGCUAAUGUCUGUCAGUGGCUAUUAAAUACUGACAUAUUAAGCCCCGCUCAAACCAAAUGGGAGUUGGCAGUGUAAAAUUAGUGGUGACCUUAUCCAUCAUAAGGCCUUCUUAGUUAGAUGAGACAAAAUUCUCCCAACAAACGGGUGUACCUUUUACAUGGUAGUUGAAAUAGCAAAACAAGAGAGGCAAGCAGGUCUCAUCCCAUGAUAUUGGAUGUACAAUAUGUCCAUCUGUACAGAUGUAGGAUCUUAAUUGGAUCACUCUUUUGUUGCUGAGAAGUUUCCUGCACCGCAGGAAAUGCAGAUGAACUUCGUGAUUUACAUACAUUCACUGAAAACCCACACUAACACACGGUUAUAGUAAUAGUAUUGCACUUUUCAUGUAGCCUACUUUUGGCCAGCUAAUAGCCUAACCACCCAUCAAGCAACAUUAUGGACAAAACGUUAAAAUCCUGUUGUUGCAGGAUAGAUUUGCUGUGACAAUAUAUGUCAAAUUAAGACCCUACAUCUGUAUGGACACUGUAUGUGCCUAUACCUUAGUUAUGAAUCACUUUUCCUGUCCUGUGGUUAUUAAGAUACAUGUGGAUGAUUACUGUAUGACAUACAUGCUUAGUAUAGAUAAAACCCUCAGAGCACUCCAUGGCCAAUCAAUUCCACCUCUGUGAAAUUAAAUAACUUACACACAAAAUUGAUCUACAAUUUAAAGCCCUUAUCGCCGUUAUCUAUUUUAACUUUUAGUUUUAAGUUAUAGCUCACCAGCCAUGAGUGUCAGUUAUGCAAAACCAGAUGCAGCAUUGUAAGAAGCUCCUAAGGCUUACUUAUGCUCUGCUGGCAGACAUGAGAGCAAAGUUGCCCAUCUCGGAGAGAAUUUGUAAAAUUGAAGAAGAAAAAUACAUGAAACGUAAUUUGUGAGAGAUGGUGCUAAAAGAACAUGGUGCUGCUAUACUGGAAAAUCAGCACAGUACAUCUUUGAAUCAGUAAAACUAGCUGGGUAUUUGCUGCAGGUAAAAUAUAGUGUGCACCAACAUUUAAUAUUAGAUUACCAUUGAGCUGCAUUGGCAUAAAUUAAUGCUUUCCAAGGGCCCAUAAUAAAAUACAUUGUAUUUGAACAACUUAAUUUAGUGUUUGGUGGGAUGGGAGAGGGUUAGGUGGGAUGGGAGAGGGUGGGGUGGGGUUGCCUAUAUUGCUUACUUAGAACUUUCUGUUUUAAUGGUAAAUAAAUCCUAAAGAAGUAUCUAAAUUACUCAGGGGAAAUACAAAAUGGGGCUAGGUAAAGAUUGCCAGUUGCCAUGUUACAGGUGUUAAUUAAUUUAUUCAUUCAUCAAUCUAUAUAGCAUCUUGUUUGGUUCAGUGUUUUCUUUGAUAAUUACCUGAGAAGCUUACCUGCCCAGCAACCCUAUCCCCAACCGCAACUUACAGUAAAUUAGUCUCGACAGAGAGCAAGACAGAGAGCGACCAUUACACAAAGUGACUGUGCUGUUUACUCGCUAUGUCAAAACAAUGUUGUUACAUUGAAUUAAUGUCAUUUACCUUCUUCUUCUUGCAGAUUUACACGCGGUAUGGGAAAUGCUACACCUUCAACUCUGGUUUGGACGGCAACCCGUUGUUGACGACGUUAAAAGGCGGGACAGGAAAUGGGCUGGAGAUCAUGUUAGAUAUCCAACAGGAUGAAUACUUACCUGUUUGGGGAGAGACAGGUGAGUACCCAGUCGAAUGACUCCACUUAGUCAGAACCACAAUAACUAAUCUGUCCAUUAAUGCAGUAAUGACUGGACUUUGGGCCAUGGUAGAAUCAACUUUGAAAAUCAACCAGCCAACUGACAUGCAUUCAAGGUGCCUUCCUAUUACAGAAUUUCACCUGUACAGUAUUACAACAACAGAUAAUGUAGUUCAAACACUUAUCCAACACAACAUUUAAUGUCUCCAUCUUGGGAAAAAGGGUUCCUUCUUAACAGUGCAUUUCAACAUUUGGCUUUAUCACAACAACAUAUAUCCAGUAAAAAAAAACAUCCCUUUCCCAAUACAACACUUAAUGCCUUCAAUCCGGGUAAGAAGAGAAGCAGAAGUUUCUGUUGUUACAUUUUCUGGCCUGCUGUAUGUAUCCACAGACGAGACCUCGUACGAAGCAGGCAUCAAGGUUCAGAUCCACAGCCAGGACGAGCCUCCUUUCAUUGACCAGCUGGGAUUUGGUGUGGCCCCUGGUUUUCAAACUUUUGUGUCAUGUCAGCAGCAACUGGUACCUAAUGCUCAGCCUCUCUCACAAACACCUUUCCCUUCCUUCCUUCCUUCCUCCUCUCGCUCUGCUUUUGUCUGUGUUUUUAUCCAAACCUCCAACCCUUCUUCCUCCUCCUGUCAUUGGCUAUACCUCUGUGUCUCAGAGCCUGGAGCAAAAUCAGUUCUGUUUACCAUUCAUGCAUGGAAUAACAUGCAACCAGGGCAUUAGCUAAACCUGAACAAAAACAGUCUAAUGAUUCUGAACUGAAGUACUAACAACGGGAUAUUUGCUACCCAGUAUGUAUCCAACAAUGGAUACAGAGGGAAAGACGGAUUGGAUGUACCAAGCAGACACUGUCUAUACAUGUAUUUACACUGUUAUUGGUGAGCCAGAGCUAAAGUGUACCCCAGGCAGUUCACACACAUCUCUGACAGCUCAAAAGUACAUUUUCCAUAUAAUGUUGCUGGCAAUGACUGAUCCCACUUGGGAUGGGAGAAAAAUAGCAUAAGGUCUCUGAAUGCUACAUAAAUUGGAUUCAGUCAAUCAUAGUAACACUAUGUAGAGAGAAAAAUAACAUUCAGAAGACUUUGGUUUGCUUUUCACAAAAUGCAUAGAAUCACAGCAAGCCGUUGUCAACAUUUUUUGUAAAAAGGAAAACCAUUUCAGUGUGAACUUUACAUUUUCUGGUGUAACAAAAAGGCAAUGUAGCACAAUCAUCAUGGCUUUGCAAGAGAGGACAAAAAAAGUAUUAAGGUUGAAUUACUGGCCGUGAUUCAAGUGUAGUCAGAAUUGGCUCCCAAGAGUAGCACACAUUCAGCAGAAAUUACACGUCUUCAGAAGCUCUCUCGUUUAAAUCAACUCCACUCAGUAUAAAUAAAAAUCAUGGAUGAUGGAGCAUAUCUGGUACAUUGUAUCAAAGAUAUGUUCUAAGGAUUUAAUUUACCUUGUGUGGAUCAAUUUCAGAUGAUAUUGAAAUAGAGCUGAAAAAAUACUUAUCUAUAGGCUACAGUGCCUGUAAGCACAGUCCUAUACAGUAGCCUGUUUCUGAUGGGUCCUGUGACCAGUCAAAAUGGAGCAAUAUUCUCUAGUAGCCAUCAACCAGUUGUUGAAUACGAAUAUUAAAAUAGGGCAGAUGUCAGGACCUCAAGUGUCAUUUUUAUGCCGAACUGAACUGAAACGUCCCUAAGAAGUCCUCGUUUUCACAAUGGCCGUCCUUUUUCCAAAUUCAUUGGUAAUCUAUUUCACUGUCCUGUCAUUGUCACUAACUGUAACCAUAGGACAGGAUAACAGCACCCUUGGCACACUGUACAGUACACAGAUUUCAGAUCAUGUCAGUGAAUGUCAAACAUCAAUUUCCUUGAUCAAACAUUCAUUAAUUAGAAUUCUAAGCUUUCGACUACUUUUGGCUUUGUCAACCUCAAAUGUUGAUUUUUCAUCUCGUGAUAAAAUAAUGCAGUCUUGUAGACUUCAAAAUUGAUAAGCCUGAAUCUCAAAUAGCUAAUUGGCUAAUGCUAUGGGUCAUUAAUAGACCCUCUUAGCAGUGUCCUUUCCCUGUAAUCAGUGGAGAGAGAGAAAUAAUUACUUUCGGGGUGUGCUCCCGACAAUUCCCUGGAUUUCAAUAAUAGAACAGGGAGGUACAGUACAUGCCCAUACUACCCACAUUGAUAUUCACAUCAAAACCCAACCAAAUCAAAAUAUGUUAAAAAAAUGUGUUUUUUGUACUACGGCAUAAUCAUUUUAAGAGGAUAAAUAAUACUGUAGCAUCACACUGUUGAGGAAAACUCGUUCCAAGGAACAGGCAGAGCUCAUUAUUCCAUUUAUAAGAGUUUAUUCAAGCAAUUGCAGGGAAGCUCACACUCAGGAUGAAACCGGAGAGGAACUUAAUUAUUACAGAUUAAUUAUACUUAAUCUACACAAAGAGCAGUUUACCCUUCCUAGGGGUAGGCAAGCUUACGUGAGAGAUAAGGGGUAGUUGGCUCCAAUUUCUUAAAGCAUUGUACAAACAAGAACAGGUUUUAACCAGUUUUCACAGCCUAUGUGUCUAAGAUAUGGGAGUGAUAAGAUCUUUAGAGCCUAAAUAGAUAUAACAAGAAUUCAGCCUUUGCUGGGCCUUUAGAUAAGGAGCCAGUAACAAAUCACUAUUUUGUAUGGUGUAUGAAGAGGGUACUAGACAGCAAAAAAUUACCAGUGAUAUAGUACAUAUAGUAUUAUUCAACUCAAGCAUUUACAUAGCAUUAGACUGCAACAGAACAUUUUACCCCAACAACACACACUAUCAAAUCUAUUGCAAUAACAUGCCACUCAGCCUGCAGCUUAUGAAAUCCUGUGAUUAUAACUUGAAACAGUGACAGGAAGGUGAAAUACAGCUGUGAUCUUUAGAAAUAUAUUUCCUUUGGUAACCACUUUAUUGUGAAGGACCUCAACAAAGUGUCACUGGAGUCGCAAUGUCAUGUUUUAUACACCCUUUGAAGAUACACAUCUAAUUACCUGUACAAGUCACAACUUAGUUUCUCUUGAGAAGUCAGUGAAAACUCAGGGUUCAGGGUUUGUAUAACUUUUCCUGCUGAAUUAGUAAAAAAAUGUAAUCAUCAGGAUUAUAAAUCAUUACCAGAAAAAUAUUUUAAUACAUAAACUUACACAUUGACCUACAACUUAUUCAACAAGUUAUUUUAUCCCGAAGAAGAUUUUCUAUCAAGGGGCUCUUCAAAACCCCUCUCUCCAUAUUCUAAAGAAUAACAUGAGGUUAUCGAUACAGUGCAUCUCUAAAACAGACUAUUGGACACCACAAUCCAAACAACUGAAUUCAACUGACUUUCCUUGUAAAAUAGCUGUUAUUUACAAUUGAUAUGCAAAUUAGUCUCCUCUAAUGACUAGAGCAAUUAAUUGACAUUAAUUGUCCUGCGUUCAUUAUAGUGCCAUUUAAAUCUGAUAGGAUUCAUCUAUCAUACUAGUAACACCAUCUCAAAUCAAUCCAAAUUGAUUGAUAAAUUUUUUAACCCCAUAUCCUUCGAUUCUUUAAAGCUUUUCAAACCCUUUUCGGAGGAACUGAUAAACAUAUGACUUAUCAUACUUCCCUUCACCAGAACCACUCAUAUCUACCUCACUACAACCACAUGAUACAAACAUGUAACCCUCUCCCAAUCUCAGUGGAAGACAAGUCUGACCUAAAACCAGCCUUUAAAGGACACAUUAAUUCUACACCACCAAAACAGAGAAUCACUUGGUGUUGAAAUUUGAAACACUAUGUUUACAAACAUGUCCACCAAUCAAGCUUUGAGUGGGUAUGAUCAAUUAUUGCAAGAUGGCUGAAUGACAAGAAAUCAAUGUUUCUGAAACAAUUUUGGGCUGGAGUCCUCAGACCUGGGCACAGCUGUUUUGGGGCACAGUAAGAUCAACACCUACAGGCUGGCUGACUGCUUAUAUCCGGGGUCCAAACCAAGGGCUUUGACAGAUGCUGUCCUAUUCGUUAAUGCAUCACUGUUACUGCUCUCUGUUUAGUGGUGACGUGUUUACUGGUCCCUCCCCCAGAUGAGACGUCCUAUGAGGCCGGAGUAAAGGUUCAGAUUCACACUCAGUCAGAGCCUCCUUUCCCCCACCAGCUGGGCUUUGGGGUCGCCCCCGGCUUCCAAACGUUUGUUUCCUCCCAAGAGCAGCGGGUAGCGUACCGUAUGUCUGUCUGGGUAUGCUGCAUGUAUGCCACAAGCUAAGAGCCACCCAAUUACACUCCCCCUUCAAGUCUUCAUGACGGAAUGGACCAAUCACCUCCCUCCAUGUGGAUGUAGUGACUACAUUUCAAUGUCUGUACCUUGCUGGUUCAUCUCUGUCUUCUGUCUCAUCAUAACUACCAUCACUAUGGAAUAGCAGCACAUAAUACUAUCCUUUCCACUUCAGCUAACACAUUCAGUAUUCAUUAUCCAUUAUUUGUCUUCAUACAAGCUGUUGUAUAUGGUGCAACCAAUAUUACCGGUAUUGCGCAGUUGUUUUGUUUGUUUUGUUGUUUAGGGCUUUGCAUUUGAAUGUUGCAUACUGCUAGGAUACUCUUCAUCUGCUUAAUGUCUCCUAAUGGCCAAUCGUUGUGUUUAAUGUGGUUUUAUUACCCUUUUAGAGUAAGGUUCUAUCCAUCUAGAGGACUUGAUAUUUGCUCUGGGUUUUUAUUUCCUACGGGGACAAUGGUUGUGAGAGCCUGUAGGCUUAGUGAAGACUUAAUCAAGUUUUCAAUUUUAAGUCACUUCAUAACUUAUGCCGGGCAUACACAACUUUCAAAAUCCUAACAUCAAUGAGCCUCUCACAUUUAACAACCGUCCUUCCUGUAGUUUUUUGUCUUGCACACAUAAUGGUGCGCACACUAAACGAUGUGGCACAGACGGUUGAAAUAUCUAGCCAAUACAUUUUGAAUUGAAUAACAUUACUUGUGAACUCCAGAGCUGUAACGAUGAGACGCUUUGAUUAAAGGCAAGCAUAAACGCAUACUAGUAGUAGUCAUUGCUCCUGCUUGAGAGUCUACACAUUCUGGGUGAUGCGAUACAGCGUCAUCUCACCGGCUUCUUCUCUGGCGAGCUCUCAUUGGCAACUGCUGAUCACCGUUCUCAAAACUUGUCAUUGCCACAUCUAUUAGUGUGCGCACCACUAAGUUGGCAAGACAAAAAACUACAGGGAAGAUGGUCGUUUAAUGUGAGGCUCAACAAUGUUAGAAUUUUGAAAGUCGUUUAGUAUGCCCGGCAUUACUUGUUGUUGGGUUGGUAUCCAGGUCAAUUAUGACUGAUUGCUUGUACAGCUGAUCAGCUUUUUUUUUAGCAAUACUGUUUGUUGAAUGCACAAAAUGACUGAUGAAGAUAAUGUGUCACUUUGACUAUAAUGAGACUAGAAAAGUAGCUACUCUUUCUGGAUGUCUUAACAAUGAACUUUAGUUAAGUAGAUUAGUAUUGUUCUAUUGUUGUGAAUUGUUAGAUACUACUGCACUGUUGGAGCUAGAAACACAAGCAUUUCGCUACACCCGCAAAAACAUCUGCAAAAUAUGUGUAUGUGACCAAUAAAAUUUGAUUUGAUUUGAUAGUACUGUUAGACUUUUAAAGUGUUGAGUGAAGUUUUGUGUACUGCUUGUAUCAUAUCACACUGCAAAUAGUUUAUCAGGGAAAGUACCCCAUCCAACAUAAUUUGAAUAACAUUGUGGUUUUUGUUACCAUUCAGUACAUCAUAAUCAGCUACAUUCAUUCCUAAAAUGUAGGAAGUCAAGGUUUGCAUAAAGUCUGUCAAGACAAUAAUUCCAUUGUAUUCAUCUAAAAACCUCAUAAACAUACUACAUACUGUAUACAGUAGAACAUUCCCUGGGACGUUUUUAAAACAAUAAUUCUCCAUUGAUUGUGGUGUCCAGACUGAAGUUACAUAUUUACAGAUUCUAUUUGCCCUGUCUCCAUACCCCCCAUGGUACUCUGCUUUCCUUUCAGAACUAGAACUGACUUGCAUCAGUGAUUUACUGCAUGGUGUCUGCUUGCUGCUUCUGUGAGCUGUGUUUAUCAGCUACACCGUCGUCUGAGUGGAAUAUUCUUGUAGAUGUGAACAGCAUCCAGAAAAUAUGUAUUUAUUUCAUUAUGUUCCCUUAUUAAAUGUUUGAUACGUUUCUGUUUGUUUUUUGUCUGCUUGUGUGCACUUUUUAUGUUGGAUUUCCCGCUGGGCUGGGCUUGACUAGCUGUUGUUGACAGUGGUUCCUAUACUGUGCCAAUAUACUGAGGGGAAACCUGUGCUCUUUUCUGUCCCAGCUUCAGUACCUCCCUCCCCCUUGGGGAGACUGCAAGUCCACUCCCAUCGACUCAGAGUUCUUCUCCACAUACAGCAUCACAGCCUGCCGUAUCGACUGUGAGACACGCUACCUGGUGGAGAACUGUAACUGCAGGAUGGUCCACAUGCCCGGUACUCACACACAUUGGCUUGACCAUCACAUGAUUCAUCAAUGGAAUAUGAUUAAUAAUGUUUUCUGUUGUUGUUGUUGUUGUUAUGCAUGGAAAUAUGUAAGGAUGUUAAUGGGAUGAAGUUGACAUUUUUAUUUUAUCGCCCCCCCUCUCUUUCUCUCUUGUUGAAUAGGGACCUCAAUGGUAUGCACACCCGAGCAGUAUAAAGACUGUGCAGACCCAGCUUUAGGUAAGGCAGACAAUGGUCAUGAUAUCUAUAUUAGGAAUAUUAACCUGUUAUUAGUAGAUACACCACACAACAUUUUUACGGAAGCCCUGAAGCACAAGGCAAAAAAAUACAAAAUACUUACUCUUGGAAUUAUCUCGUAACUUAUAACUUAGUAUCUUGUGUGAACGACUUAGUAUCUUAGAGAUACUAAAUUGUUUGAAUGACUUAGCUAAAAACGAUUUAAUUGUUAUUUUAUCUAAUUAGGCCUCAUUUGUUACGUGUAAUGGUUGCUGCAGACAUUCAUUCACUAAUUCCAUCCAUUGAUAUUAUUAUUAUUCAUUGACAGUUCUUUAAAUGCCUAAAGCAGGGCUGCUUUUGAAUGCCAGAGCAUGUUAGUGGGCGAGUGUGGAGCAAGGAGCAGAGCAUUAUUAGAGCAGAAUUUGUGUCUGCCUUCCCUCCCGCUCCAAUUUCGAUCUAGUACGGCUCAGCCACCAACUCGGGGCAUGCUCUGCCUAGCAUUUUUCAUUUCCUUCAUCACUAUUCUUUUAAUUAGGCCUAUUCGGUUGUAAUUAUUUAGCCUGCCCCACACACAGUAGCCUAUGUCUAGUUUAUAUUAAACUUUCUAACAAUAGGAUACGUAGUUUCUAUUUUGAAGGACUUCAAAUGUAUUAACGGAUGUUUUAGGUAGGCAAUACAUAGGCUACUGUAAAAUGUACUUUCAUUUUUUUUUUUGGGGGGGGGGGAUAGAAAUACCAAAAUAUAAAUCCAUUUAAUGAAGCUAAAAUAACAUAAAUAAAUCAUAAAUAAUGAAGGACAGUUACAGCUUAUUUUCAUAAAUAAAAGGGAAUAAAUCAUCUCAAACUUCAUCGGUCAAAUGAUUUGCGCACAGACUCAGGCAACCAACAAGCUUCACAUGUGCAUUGAGAAUGGGAAAUGUGCUCUACAAAUUAAUAAUAAUAAUAAUAAUAAUAAUAAUAUAUUAUUAUUAUUAUUAUUAUUAUUAUUAUUAUUAAGACAGAAAAAAACACAUAUAAAAGCUUAAUUACAUAACGGAAUAUUAGUGGGAAUAUAGCUAUAAUAUAAACAAGAGAAAGGAGAAUGGAAUAUACAGUGCCUUCAGAAAGUAUUCACACCCUAUGACUUUUUCCACAUUUUGUUAUGUUACAACCUGAAUAGAAAAUGGAUUAAAUUGAGAUUUUGUGUCACUGGCCUAUGUACAAUACCCCAUAAUAUCAAAGUGGAAUUAUGUUUGUAGACAUUUUUACAAAUUAAUAAUUAAUUAAAAGCUGAAAUGUCUUGAGUCAAUGAGUAUUCAACCCCUUUGUUAUGGCAAGCCUAAAUAAGUUCAGGAGUAAAAUGUGCUUAACAAGUCACGUAACAAGUUGCAUGGACUCAUUCUGUGUGCAAUAAUAGUCUUUAACAUGAUUUGUGACUGACUACCUCAAUUCUAUACCCAACACAUACAAUUAUCUGUAAGGUCCCUCAGUCAAGUGUGAAUUUUAAACACAGAUUCAACCACAAAGACCGGGGAGGUUUUCCAAUGCCUCACAAAUAAUGGCACCUAUUGGUAGAUGGGUUUAAAUAAAAAGCAGACAUUGAAUAUGCCUUUGAGCAUGGUAAAGUUAUUAAUUACACUUUGGAUAGUGUAUCAAUACACCAAGUCACUACAAGGAUACAGGCAUCCUUCCUAACUCAGUUGCCAGAAAGGAAGGAAACCGUUCAGGGAUUUCACCAUGAGGCCAAUGGUGACUUUAAAACAGUUACAGAGUUUAAUGGCUGUGAUAGGAGAAAACUGAAGAUGGAUCAACAACAUUGUAGUUACUCGACAAUACUAACCUAAAUGACAGAGUGAAAGGAAGGAAGCCUGUACAUAAUUUUUUUCUCUCCAAAACAUGCAUCCUGUUUGCAAUAAGGCACUAAAGUAAAACUGCAAAAAAUGUGUCAAAGAAAUUAUCUUAACUCCAACACAUCACUAAGUACCACUCUUCACAUUUUUAAGCAUGGUGGUGGCUGCUUUAGAUGGGUGAGAACAAAAAUAUAUUUCAUAUAUUUUGAAUUCAGGCUGUAGCACAACAAAAUGUAAAUAAGUCAACGGGUAUAAAUACUUUCUGAAGGCACUGUAUUUGAAAAGCCUAAAAUUGAAAAAUACAUUGAGAUGAAGCCGCCCCUGUGUGUGGAUGCUAUUUCUCAAAAAUGUUUAUUUCUUACAGUGUCUAGUGUGCUAUUUUUAUUUAUUGGAUUGAAGAAAGAAAACAAGUAGGCGGCCAGUACGGUGCAAUAAACUUUAGCGAGCUACUUACAGAAACUAUAUACAAAUAAUACAUAUAGGAGCAAAUCAGCCUGAAUAUCAGGACGCACAACUGCAACGCGUUUCAACCAAUUCAUUUGCACAUUGAUCUGAAACUGUUCUUUAGAGAUUGCAACCCAUCUGUCCCCACGAAAAGUGGGUUUAGGGCUCCAUGUAUGUUCGUUCCACAUGGGCCUAUUGACCAGCUUGAGGACUCUAUUCCCUAUGUCAGGAAUAACUUCACCCACUCUGAGAAACAAGCCCUCAUUCAACAUUUCAUUCUAGCUCACAAUCAAGGACAGCUUUGUAUUCCCUCCAUCAGUGGUGAAGUAUAGGCCUAUGACUAUGUAGCCUUGUGACACUAUCCUACUGGACUCUGUGCCGGUCCCUACUUAAGUGUAAUAGAUUUUUGAGAAAUAGCAUCCACAUUCCUUUCUCCUUUAUAUUGUUUAUAUUAUGGCUAUAUUCCCACUAAUAUUCCUUUACGUAAGUAGACCCCUUUCCUGCAGUCAAAUGACCUAUUGGCCUCAUGGGUGGCAUGUUAUUAAUACCUUUCAUAAUUUCAUAAUUAAUAAAUUAAUAAGCAUUCUUUCUUUUUUUACACCGAAAAUACAGUGUUUCUAUGUCAAAAGGAUUUGUUAUAUUUCAGUCUUCCAUGAUGUACACUACGAGUCAAAAGUUUGGACACACCUACUCAUUCAAGGGUUUUUCAUUUUAUUUUUAAGGUUUUACAUUGUAGAAUAAUAGUGAAGACAUCAAAACUAUGAAAUAAAACAUAUGGAAUCAUGUAGUAACCAAAAAAGUGUUAAACAAAUCAAAGUAUAUUUUAUAUUUGAGAUUCUUCAAAUAGCAAAACACCAGUCUCAACGUCAACAGUGAAGAGGCGACUCCAGGAUGCUGACCUUCUAGGCAGAGUUGCAAACAAAAAGCCAUAUCUCAGACUGCCCAUCUUAAUCUUUUAUUUUUAUUGGCCAGUCUGAGAUAUGGCUUUUCAUUCAAAUGAGUAUACUAAGUCGUUCCAAGAGUCUAAAUAUUUAUAUAUUUUUGCCUUUGGUGUCAGAGCUUCUCUAACAUUGUAGUUUGAAAUAUUAGUAAUAAAGCUUUUAUACAAUUUCGAAAUAAGGAACUUUUGAAUUGCACUACUUUUGUCAUGAGGCCUCUAGUGAAUUGUUUCCUGUAGGCUACAGUGGCUUGCGAGUAUUCACCCCCCUUGGCAUUUUUCCUAUUUCGUUGCCUUACAACCUGGAAUUAAAAUGGAUUUUUGGGGGGUUUGUAUCAUUUGAUUUACACAACAUGCCUACCACCAACAUGCCUACCCCCCCAAAGGGUUACAGCUGCAAGUCUCUUGGGGUAUGUCUCUAUAAGCUUGGCACAUCUAGCCACUAGGAUUUUUGCCCAUUCUUCAUACCACAGAUUCUCAAUUGGAUUGAGGUCUGGGCUUUGACUAGGCCACUCCAAGACAUUUAAAUGUUUCCCCUUAAAUCACUCAAGUGUUGCUUUAGCAGUACGCUUAGGGUCAUUGUCCUGCUGGAAGGUGAACCUCCGUCCCAGUCUCAAAUCUUUGGAAGACUGAAACAGGUUUCCCUCAAGAAUUUCCCUGUAUUUAGCGCCAUCCAUGAUUCCUUCAAUUCUGACCAAUUUCCCAGUCCCUGCCGAUGAAAAACAUCCCCACAGCAUUAUUAUUUUAUUUUAUUUAACCUUUAUUUAACUAGGCAAGUCAGUUAAGAACAAAUUCUUAUUUACAAUGACUGCCACCACCAUGCUUCACUGUGGGGAUGGUGUUCUCUGGUUGAUGAUAGGUGUUUGGUUUGCGCCAGACAUUUUCCUUGAUGGCUAAAAAGCUCAAUUUUAGUCUCAUCUGACCAGAGUAGCUUCUUCCAUAUGUUUGGGGAGUCUCCCACAUGCCUUUUGGCGAACACCAAACACUUUUUAAGGGCGACUCAACCAUAAAGCCCAGCUCUGUGGAGUGUACGGCUUAAAGUGGUCCUAUGGACAGAUACUCCAAUCUCCGCUGUGGAGCUUUGCAGCUCCUUCAGGGUUGUCUUUGGUCUCUUUGUUGCCUUUCUGAUUAAUGCCCUCCUUGCCUGGGCCGUGAGUUUUGGUGGGCGGCCCUCUCUUGGCAGGUUUGUUGUGGUGCCAUAUUCUUUCAAUUUUUUAUAAUGGAUUUAAUGGUGCUCCGUGGGAUGUUCAAAGUUUAGGAUAUUUUUUUAUAACCCAUCCCUGAUCUGUACUUCUCCACAACUUUGUCCCUGACCUGUUUGGAGAGCUACUUGGUCUUCAUGGUGCCGCUUGCUUGGUGGUGCUCCUUGCUUAGUGGUGUUGCAGACUCUGGGGCCUUUCAGAACAGGUGUAUAUAUACUGAGAUCAUGUGGCACUUAGAUUGCACACAGGUGGACUUUAUUUAACUAAUUAUGUGACUUCUGAAGGUAAUUGGUUGUGCCAGAUCUUAUUUAGGGGCUUCAUAGCAAAGAGGGUGAAUACCUAUGCACGCACCACUUUUCCGUUAUUUUUUAUUUAUUUAUUUUUUAAACAAUUUAUUUUUUUCAUUUCACUUCACCAAUUUUGGCUAUUUUGUGUAUGUCCAUUACAUGAAAUCCAAAUAAAAAUCCAUUGAAAUUACAGGUUGUAAUGCAACAAAAUAGGAAAAACGCCAAGGGGGAUGACUACUUUUGCAAGGCACUGUAUAUUCUUAUCACCUUUUUUGAAAACAUAGACUCCCAUUCAAUUGUCAUCCUCCACAGACUUCUUGGUAGAAAAAGACAAUGACUACUGUGUGUGUGAGACACCAUGCAACAUGAUACGCUAUGGCAAGGAGCUGUCCAUGGUGAAAAUACCCAGUAAAGCCUCUGCCAAAUAUCUGGCCAAGAAAUUCAACAAAACUGAGCAAUACAUCGGGUAAGUAUCUGGAUAGUUAAAGUGAGUUAACAGAAGUGACGUAGCGAUCAUACGUUUGCAUCAAUAAUAAAUUAAGCAUGAUACUGUUAUCCACAGUUCACAUUCAAAUUGAAAAGUAAUGCAAAAUGUCUCAGAAUUGGUAAAUUAAAUCAAUUAAUUGUAUCUCUAAGAUGUACAUUACAGUGUAACACCUUUUUUAUUUGUUUGUUUUUGUCUCUAGAGAAAACGUACUAGUCCUGGACAUCUUCUUUGAGGCGUUGAAUUAUGAGAAGAUUGAGCAGAAGAAAGCGUAUGAAAUUGCAGGGUUGCUUGGUGAGAGAUUUUUUUUUUCCACCAGGCUCAUUAUCUGUUUUUACAGACGGAGAGGAAACGUACUAGACCUAAACAUCAAAUCCUCUGCAAGUACUACAUGCAUGCUGGGCUAAACUCCUUUUGAGGCUAUUUUCUUUUAAACCUGUAAGUCUCGGCCGAAUGCAUUUUCAUAUUGUACUUGAAAAGAGCACUCAGUCAGGAGAGGUAGAUAAAAAGCUACGUCUGGAUGGACAGUUCACAGUUUCAGAAUUCUGCUCAGCUGGCUGAGAUACUAAGACUUAAAGUAAAUGUUUCAAGAAUGGUUUUAUGCACUAUGCUAUUACCUGACCGACUGUGCUUUUGCCUGUCCAUGUCUGUUCAUCUGUCAUCCUCUUUUCAGGUGACAUCGGAGGUCAGAUGGGUCUGUUCAUUGGAGCCAGUGUUUUAACAAUACUGGAAAUAUUUGACUACUUAUAUGAGGUAAAGUGGAGGCACUCACAUUUGUUUAAUCACCUAAAAGUAUUGUCAAGUAGUACUGUAGAGUUAAGGGUUAUACAGUGGGGGAAAAAAGUAUUUAGUCAGCCACCAAUUGUGCAAGUUCUCCCACUUAAAAAGAUGAGAGAGGCCUGUAAUUUUCAUCAUAGGUACACGUCAACUAUGACAGACAAAAUGAGAAAAAAAAUCCAGAAAAUCACAUUGUAGGAUUUUUAAUGAAUUUAUUUGCACAUUAUGGUGGAAAAUAAGUAUUUGGUCAAUAACAAAAGUUUCUCAAUACUUUGUUAUAUACCCUUUGUUGGCAAUGACACAGGUCAAACGUUUUCUGUAAGUCUUCACAAGGUUUUCACACACUGUUGCUGGUAUUUUGAACCAUUCCUCCAUGCAGAUCUCCUCUAGAGCAGUGAUGUUUUGGGGCUGUCGCUGGGCAACACGGACUUUCAACUCCCUCCAAAGAUUUUCUAUGGGGUUGAGAUCUGGAGACUGGCUAGGCCACUCCAGGACCUUGAAAUGCUUCUUACGAAGCCACUCCUUCGUUGCCCGGGCGGUGUGUUUGGGAUCAUUGUCAUGCUGAAAGACCCAGCCACUUUUCAUCUUCAAUGCCCUUGCUAAUGGAAGGAGGUUUUCACUCAAAAUCUCACGAUACAUGGCCCCAUUCAUUCUUUCCUUUACACGGAUCAGUCGUCCUGGUCCCUUUGCAGAAAAACAGCCCCAAAGCAUGAUGUUUCCACCCCCAUGCUUCACAGUAGGUAUGGUGUUCUUUGGAUGCAACUCAGCAAUCUUUGUCCUCCAAACACGACGAGUUGAGUUUUUACCAAAAAGUUAUAUUUUGGUUUCAUCUGACCAUAUGACAUUCUCCCAAUCCUCUUCUGGAUCAUCCAAAUGCACUCUAGCAAACUUCAGACGGGCCUGGACAUGUACUGGCUUAAGCAGGGGGACACGUCUGGCACUGCAGGAUUUGAGUCCCUGGCGGCGUAGUGUGUUACUGAUGGUAGGCUUUGUUACUUUGGUCCCAGCUCUCUGCAGGUCAUUCACUAGGUCCCCCCGUGUGGUUCUGGGAUUUUUGCUCACCGUUCUUGUGAUCAUUUUGACCCCACGGGGUGAGAUCUUGCGUGGAGCCCCAGAUCAAGGGAGAUUAUCAGUGGUCUUGUAUGUCUUCCAUUUCCUAAUAAUUGCUCCCACAGUUGAUUUCUUCAAACCAAGCUGCUUACCUAUUGCAGAUUCAGUCUUCCCAGCCUGGUGCAGGUCUACAAUUUUGUUUCUGGUGUCCUUUGACAGCUCUUUGGUCUUGGCCAUAGUGGAGUUUGGAGUGUGACUGUUUGAGGUUGUGGACAGGUGUCUUUUAUACUGAUAACAAGUUCAAACAGGUGCCAUUAAUACAGGUAACGAGUGGAGGACAGAGGAGCCUCUUAAAGAAGAAGUUACAGGUCUGUGAGAGCCAAAUAUCUUGCUUGUUUGUAGGUGACCAAAUACUUAUUUUCCACCAUAAUUUGCAAAUAAAUUCAUAAAAAAUCCUACAAUGUGAUUUUCUGGAGAAAAAAAAUCUCAAUUUGUCUGUCAUAGUUGACGUGUACCUAUGAUGAAAAUUACAGGCCUCUCUCAUCUUUUUAAGUGGGAGAACUUGCACAAUUGGUGGCUGACUAAAUACUUUUUUUCCCCACUGUAUGUUGAAAGUGCACAAUUCAUUCAUGAUGAUGAAGUGUCUGAAUUUAAUCAAAAAUAAGACCUUGACCUAAUGAUAUUGUUUGUCUAUUUGGGUUUAAGUGUGUUUAACUGUUUGCAUGUGUCUGGAUUGUUGUGAUGUUAACAAUAUGUUUUUUUAUUUAGGUAUUUAAGGAUAAAGUUUUGGGUUACUUCAUGCGCAAGAAGCGACCACAGCGUUGUCCUAGCGACAAUCUGGUAAUUUGAGUCUCCCACAAUGCACUGGUUUGUAGUUCUGCACUGCACUACAAACAAAGUAACGCAAUGUAAUGUGUCAGAAACUCAAGCCUUUUUCAUGACUAGUCAAUGACAGAUGUGGAACGCAAAUCAAAACGAGUACUUUUUCCUUAGUUAUAUACAGUAUAUGCCCAAAGCCUGGUUCCAAGGUAGUGAAAAAGCCCUGGGUUUCUGUUUCUGCAUGUUAUCUACAUGCACGGUUGCUUCAGUCUUGGAGUUUGGCCCAUAAGCUGAUGUGGAAGAAAAGGUUAGAGAAAAGAUGUCCUGGCCCCACUCCUGAGAUAACUGCAGCUGCAUGUACCAAGAAGGUAUUUUCCCUAGUGAUAUUUAUUUUAAAACUCUCUAUUUUGAUAAGACUUAACGGUAAGGAAGCUUUAAAAUACACUUCUGUUGUUGAGAGGAAGUUAUCAUAGAUUUGGACACUUGGAUAUAGUUUGACUUUUAGUAAUUUAGACAGUUGAAAUAGCAAGAUGUGUUUGAUAAUUAAAUUCAUAGAUAUGGUUCUGUAUUUUUGUUUGUUCAAAUAAAAGGAUAUGUCAGGUUUAUUCAGAGCAUUCUAUGUGACAAAGGAUAGAGAAAAGUAAAAUCAUUCAACUGGAUGUACCCUAUGAAAGAUCCACUCUAGUCAUCGAAUCCUGUCAUUAUAUACACAUUGUGUGAGCACUAUGGCUGCGUUUACACAGGCAGCCCAAUUCAGAUUUCUUUUCACUAAUUGAUCUUUUGACCAAUCAGAUCAGCUAGGAAAAUAUCUGAUGUGAUUGGUCAAAAGACAAAUUAUUGAAAAAGAAAUAUCAGAAUUGGGCUCUCAGCUUGAUAGUGGUGGAACCCAUCAUCUCUGAACAGUUACAUCCGGCACAUUGAAUAAAAACAUCCCUGUUUCCAUGCCUGUUGCAGUAGAGUAGAAAAAAUACCUUUGUGGCAUUUCACAUCAAGUUUUUCCUCAGGCUUUAGAUGGUUUUAAUCAGCAGUAGCCAACUAUAUUAUAUUACACACACUAACUAGAGGCACAUAUUGCAACAUGAAACAAGGACAUGGAGCUUUAGGUGGAUGUAAUGCUGUGUUUCACUACCACAUAUAGUUUAUACACCCAUGUCAUGGAAUCAUCCAUUAUUGAAGGCUUUCUUUGCUUUAAAACAUAAUGAAAAGCCAUUUUUGAUACCUUUGACUCUCAUGUUCCCCAAACCUCUCCUUCUUUUCUGCCAACUCCAUUCACCCCCUCUCCUCUCUAACCACCCAAUCAAUCAAUCUAUAUGAGAUAAAGUGCUAAAUGAAAACGGUAUGAGCCAGUGCAACCUACUGUAUGCUAAAAUAAGUCAGGCAUAUGAAUGUUAAAUGUAGUGGUUUGAUAGUUCUAUGACUAUUUACUUUACAUAGUACAUUAGAUGGCAUGUAAAACAAAGGGAGCAAAUAGCAACCAUUUUCAUAUCAAGAUACAGUAUGUUUGUGAUUUCUAUUAAUUUCAAUGAAUGUCUACCAUUUUUGAAGCAUUACGAAACAUACAUGGCAGAGACUAGCAAUGGUACCUUGCUUUUUCAAAUUGAUCUGAUUUUGUAACUUUCAUUGAAAUCAAAUGGCUGAACGGAGGUAGCUCUCUGUGACAUUUAAGUAUUGGUGUGCAGCGUUCUUCUCUAUACUUAAUCGAUUACACAGGGCUGUAGGCCUAGCCAUUUUGCACAGACAAACUUGCUUGGAGCCACUUGUUUUACUUAUCAGCUCUGCAUUGGAAUUUUUUUUUGGUCACCCUCAUCUUUCUUUUUUCAUCAUGUCUAUUCCAGGAGUUUCCAGAGAACCCAACCAGCCCUGGUGUCACGCCUAAUCAUGCCCCCAGGUAGCAAACCCCAUUGAUAAUAGAUCCUCCCUCUCAUACUGUCCUUCUUUUUCAGACAUUCUGGGAACCAUUUCAUGCAUUUCCUUUCUGGUUAACGAGAUGUUGGUUCACCUAAAGCUGUUUGGUGGUUGAUUUUGUAGAGAUGUAAAACAUACAAGUAGUGAUGACUUUAUAAAUGUGCUUUUCCAACACAGCAAUAGGUCAAUCUUAUUAUAGCCAAUGUAAUGCAUUUUCCUCUGUAGAGACCAUUUUGAAAUCAAUGACUCUCAAUGCUGUAAAUCAAUUUGCAUUCCGAGAUUAUUAUCGGUUUAUUAUAAACAAUGAGUUGGUUGGAUUCUACAUCUGUUAAGAAAGUUUGGGACUUUGCUAGUCAGCAAUACAGUCAUGCUUCUUUUUGUUUUUACUAAAUAAUGAAGAUGCUUUCCUUCCCUUAGGAUAAAAUGCAGUUUCCUGAGAAAAAUAUAAAUGUAUAUAUACAGAAUUUGCUGUAGAUAGUACAACAAAAGCUGGUCCGCAGGGAUCAUCUAUAUAAUUUCCUACUAGCUUUCCUGCAGGACCGAGGUCCAUUUUAGGGGACCAUUGUACUGGAACCUGUGCCCAAUAACAUCACUAGAUGCAUUCCUUGGUGAUGCUAUCACAGGUCUGCAUGCAAUGCAGUUUGCACCCAAUGAAAUGGUUCUUCAUCUGCUGGAAUAGCUAUCUACAUCAAUGGCUAAUGCCUCUUUUGAACCCACAUAUCAGCAAUAUAUUAACUGAAACAACCGCAGUUGCACUAAACUUAUGCAAACAUAAUGUGUAUGUCAAUGAUCAUGUACGAAUUAAGAUACUAAUAUCGAGAUAAGGACAAAAAAAACUGUUUUCUUUUCUCUUUCCCUCCUUCAUCCAUACCAUACCCCUCUUAUCUUUCUCUCAUAUUCGUUCAUCUCUCUAACGAUACCGUGAAACAUUCCUGACCUACUGUAACUGUCCCCUGCACUACCAAUGUAAUAAUUUUUCUUUAUAUGUUAUACCAUUUGUAUUUAAUUAUUUUGUCAAUGUGUGCACUCUAUGCUUUCAACCAUCUUCCUUCCUGUCUAAUGCAUCAACGAUGGUUAACGUCAUGUUAUGGGUCCCGUGUAGCUCAGUUGGUAGAGCAUGGCAUUUGCAACGCCAGGGUUGUGGGUUCGUUUCCUACGGGGGGCCAGUAUGAAAAUGUAUGCACUGACUAAUCAACUGUAAGUCGCUCUGGAUAAGAGCGUCUGCUAAAUGACUCAAAUGUAAAAUGUAAAUGUCACUUCCUUUUGUAUUCUGUUUUCCACUUGGUCCUGGUUAUGUUGAAUACUAUUUAUUGUCCUUUUUUUCCUGUUAAUGUCACAUCCCCUCCCAUUUUUACUGCGACCUGCAUGACUCUCUCCUCUUCUCCUCACUCUCUCAUCACCCAUCCCUUAAUACGGUUGAACUCCUCUUCCCCCCUUCCCUUGUCUUACAGAGCACCUGUGACACCCUCCGGAGUCACUCGGACAGUCUCGGAUUCACACCGAACAUGUUACCUCGUCACCCGACUCUAGGCAACUUUGAGGAGUUUGCUUGUUGACGACAUAAAGCAGGGUGGGACCUGGGAUCUUUGGGGUUUGACAGCAAACUGUGAAAUAACUUAUUUAUUAUUACAAACAUGGCGAGUGAUAAAUACUCAAAGAGUAGUAGGAUCUGUGAAUUGCCUGAAUGGAAAUAUAAUACUAUCAUAAGAAUAAACCACUUUCAAAACAGAACUCAGGUGAUAGGGCCAUAACAAGGCAUCGACUCUACACUAUUUAUUGGAUGCUUCAUUCAUGUUGCAUUCUCUUAAACAGGGUGACAUUAGAGUGUGUUUGAAUUGGUUUUAGUCAGCCUAGUAAAGUGUCAGCUUAGUAAUGUAAAUGGCAAGGACUUCGGAGUGGUCUCAUUUUAUCUCAAUUUAUACACCUUUGUAAUCACAGUCCGUUCUGGUGUGCUGAAUAUCAAACUGAGAGGCUAGCGAUGGUUAGCAUGUGUAGCAUCAGC